AUGAUGCUUUCGCACCUUGUAUUCGUUCUACUGGCAACCAUUCGGCUGGCCGUCGGUUCCAAGCCCGGCUUUGUCCAACCAUCCCAUGGCUACAUCGUUGAGUACAAGGAUGGCAUCACAAAGCGCGACAGCAUAUUCUCUCACCAUGCCAACGUCAAGAUCGUACGCGAUUUCCACAGCGACAUUUUCUAUGUCGCGAACAUCGAAGCCGACAAACGUACUAUUGAGGAGCUCCUGGCUCUGCCCGACGUAGCCCGUAUUUGGCCUAACCGCGUUUACGAACCAAUGAGGGUCAUUAUGCGAGAUUCGACAGACAAUUCAACCAACCUGCCACCUGGUGCUGGACUCGACCCCGACUUCUACGACGUGCACAAUUCAACGGGCGUAUGGGCUCUGCAUCAACAAGGUAUCAAGGGCAAAGGCGUCAAGAUUGCUGUUGUGGAUACGGGUGUCGACUACACUCACCCCGACCUGGGCGGCGGGUUCGGGCCGGGGUUCAGGGUUGCUGGUGGAUAUGACUUUGCAGGGGAUGGUAAUUGGCCCAAAGGCCCUAGGGAGCCUGACGAAGACCCAAUGGGCCUGCAAGACCAUGGCACGCACGUUGCCGGCAUUGUUGCUGGCAAGGGUGAAAAAUGGAGCGGCGUCGCACCGGAAGCCACUAUCUACGCAUACAAAACGUACGCGCGGGACGGCACCGACGAGGCCAUCAACAUUGACGCUUUUCUCGCGGCGUACGAGGCCGGCGUUGAUAUUAUCACAGCGAGUAUUGGUCUUGGCGGCGGAUGGUCUGAUGGUGCUUGGGAGGAGGUCGCGACGCGCCUUGCAGCCAAGGGCGUUGUCAUCACAGUGUCUGUUGGCAAUGGUGGCGACGGUGGACCUUUCCGUGCCUUGUCUCCUUCUGGUGCCAAGGGCGUCCUUGCUGUUUCCAACGUUGAUACAUUCUGGAACCGCGAUGCAAACAUUGUCACACCCGAGUCUACGACUUCUUGGGGACCCCUCUUCGACCUCCAGCUAAAACCCGACGUCGGCGCCCCGGGAACGAACAUCUACAGCACAGUGUUCAACCACGGCUGGGCUGUGUACAGUGGUACUUCCAUGGCGACGCCCUAUCUUGCAGGAGUUGCAGCACUCUAUAUCGGCCACUUUGGCGGUCGUGGUACGCAGCACGGAGCUGAAUUUGCUAAGUUCAUGCACAACCGCCUCGUCUCUAACGUUCGCAAGGUCAACCAGUGGAGCUGGAGCGAUCCAACGGCUACUAUCGCACAAGUUGGGAGCGGAUUGAUCAACGCCACGAGUCUUUUCGCUUCGAAAACGGACUUGGUUUACGAGCCCAUGGCCCUGAACGACACUCGAUUCUUCUCUCGCUAUCAUAAGGUCACGGUUAUCAACAACAGCGACAAGCCCGUGGAGUAUCAAUUCACCAAAGAAGACUCGAUUGGUGUGAAUACUCUGGGCAACGGUGACUACGACACGAUCAUCAAGGAGUUCGGCUACCUACAGUGGAAUGCGUAUUCCAUCAAUGCCACUCUACCCAAAACAUUCACCCUCAAGCCUGGCAAGAGUAAAGAGGUCACCGUCACCUUCCAGAAUCCUGACAUGUCAGACUGGUACAAGCCAGUCCUGCCCCUUUACAGUGGCAACAUCUUUAUCACGGGGUCAACGGCGAUCGUUUAG